AUGUACGUCUACCUCGGUAAGCUCGACUGGAAGCCAUAUGGCCUGGACGAGACCUUUGUCAUCACCUUGCCCAACGGUCCCGCCCGCGCCGGUGACCCUGCCUACCUCUUCUCGCAGUGGACCAAGGACGCCCGCGGCGCGCAGAAGGCCAACUGGUUCCUCAACCUCGUCGUCGACAAGGUCUCCAAGACGGCCAGCGGCGAUGAUGUCUUCACGCUCAAGAACUCGCACUACUACUCCUGGGAGAUCACUACCCAGAAGGUCUACGGCGAGCUCAAGGUCACCAUGUCGAACCCCAACAAGGACAAGAGCACCAUGACUUUCAACCGUAUCUGGAAAUCUGAGUCUCAGACCCCCGCCGGCUCCCUGCGCAUCUGGACUGGCAAGAUCAACUGGCCCAACUAUGCUACCAACGAGAUGGCCACCUUCAUCGUCCCCGAGGGCUUCGGCAAGGAUAAGCCCGUUUUGGCCGUCUGGCAGUGGACCAAGAAUGGCGAAGGAAAGCCGAAGAACCCCAACGUCCACGUCGCCAAGCAAACUAUCCUUUCUAGCCCCGAGAAGACUGUCAAGUUUGAGUACAACUCCUUCUAUCAUGUGACUUGCAAUUGGCAGCAGAGUACCGAGAGACUUGCUGUCCACAUGAAGGGAAGUGGAAUCGAGAGCAAUGUUAGCCAAGAGAUUGGUGAUUUCGCUCUUGCUGUUCACCUGGACCGUCACUCUCACGACUUCAGCCCCCCUGAGUCCACUCCUAACAAGGCUGAGGUCGAGCUCCGACUUCCUCAGGCCCAAGCUUCUUUGUCUCGCAUCCAGGCGCCGAUGCCUUUCCCCAAAGGACUGGUUGACACCCUGACUCACGCCCAGGCUUUCAUCGACCAAGCUGGCUACCUUGCUAAGUAUGCUGAGCAGCGCUUCGCUGCCCUGGAUACCGACCUCCACGCCCGCGAUCACCAACUCACCGCCGCUGAGACUCAGAUCCGUGAGCUCCUGAAGAACAGAGAUCUCCUGCUUCAGAGAGAAAGGGAACAGCAAGACGAGGCUGCUCUCCUCAAGAAACUGCUCCAAAGGGAGAAGGCGACAGUCCACGACCUCGAGAUCGAGAUUGCUCAGCUUCGGAAGAAGAUUGGCGACGGGGACAAGCAUGACGAGGAUGACCACCGAGUCAUAGCGGAGCUGCGGGAUGCGAGAAUCCAACUCAAGAGACAAUUGAACGAGGCCGAGGCCUCCCACGACAAGGCGAAGGCUCGCAUUCAAGGGCUUACCGAGCAGAUCCAAAAGUUGGAGUCCAAGAUUUUCCUUCUCCAGUCCGAACUCGAUGUCCUUCGCAAGCGUAACGAAAGUCUCAUCAAGGAGAAUGCAGCACUUACCGAUGCGAAGCGUAAGCUUCAAGCGGAUAACGAGUCACUGCAGGACGAUGUCGAGAGUGCGAGACUCACGGAUGAGAAAGCACAAGCCAACAUUACCAGAUUGACGGAAGAGCUUCGCAAUGAAGCGGAUGAGAAGCGAAAGGCCUCGGACAGGGCUCUUGAGAAGGGCAGAGAGCUCUUGAAGGCGCAAGAGGAAACCAGCCGCAUUGAGGGGCUGCGUUCCACAGAUCGCAAGGAGCUUCUCGAAACCAAGCUGUUGAGUGACCAGUACUGGGACAUCUUGAAGAGACAGAAGCUCCUUCACCUGAUCAAGAAGACGGAGGCACAACCUCAGGUUGCCCAGAAGUAG